AUGCCCGCAGGGCCCUUCAGGGCGAGACAUUACGAUGACUGGGGUGACAAAACUGGAUUUAUCUUCCACAUUGGGGAUGUUAUCCACCCAAAUGGAGUUGCUCCGGCUGAGCUAAUUGUCAAUUCCACUGGUUACUCGGGUAGCAGUUAUUAUGGGACUACUUACUCUGAAUCUCAUCUAUGCGUCUACCGAGACCAGCUCACACCUGAUGAGACAAGAUUCCUCGCUGCUCACGGUGUCGACCUCCCCACAGGGCCCAUAAUACCACCUCCCCCACUUGAAAAGGCGCUGUUAGAUGAAGAGCAUGAUCCACUCCCAUCACAAGAAAAUGAUGAUAAUAGCUAUCUUCUUAGCCGGAUGGGAAAGCAUAACGUUGUCAUUGUUUUCCCUGGGUCCUAUGGUACAAAUGCUGCCUCUCAAACGGUGACCAAUAUGGCCCGUUCCUUUCGAAACAUCCGGUUCGGAUUGAUGGUAGGAGUUGGUGGUGGUGCCCCAGGGACACCCAAUACCGAUUCACGAAAGGACAUUCAGCUUGGGGACGUUGCAGUUAGCUUCCCUGAGGGAGGGCAUGGUGGUGUUAUCCAGUACGACAUGGGCAAGCAGGAAGAGGUCACAUUCACCAUAAGAUCACAUCUGAACAGGCCCCCCCAGGUAUUGGUAAAGGCAAUGAGACGCCUGCAAUCAGAUCAUGACUUCAACCGCGGGAACAUGAGACAAUAUAUUGAUGAGGCUACGGGAUUAAAUGUACCAGCACUGCAAGGUUCUAGAUUUCCUGGAUGGGACCAUGACCAGCUGUUUAUUGCAGAUUAUGUGCAUGCUGUUGAGGAGGAAGAUUGUUCCGCCUGUGACAGGACUCGCGUUUGGGGCGUAACCUGCUUUGAGAUGGAGGCGGCUGGUCUUAUGAACAACUUUCCUUGUGUCGUCAUCAGAGGCAUUUGCGACUACUCGGACAGUCAUAAAAAUAAAAUCUGGCAACCUUAUUCCGCCGUUGUUACCGCGGCGUACGCAAAGGACUUGUUAAGGGUGGUCAUCCCUUCCGAAGUCGAAACCACCCGUCCUGUGGGUAGCAAUAUCGGGGACUGA